AUUGAAAUACUCGUAUUUCUUUUAAAUGGAGUACUUAAAUCAGCGGAAAGAGUUAAAAAAAUUAGGAGAAAGCAAUAACUCCACCAAACUUGGUGAUGCAAUUCAAAUCAGAAGAAGUUGAAUCGGCCCUCGUGUUGAAUAUUUAACCUUUUCCUUGUCCCAUUUCUUAUCACCAAUCUGUUUAUAUUCUUUCCAAUUUACACCUAACUCUCUACUCUCACACUUCACAUAUUUAGACACUCAAAAUAACGCCCUUUUCCCCCACUCCAUAAAACACACACACACAUACACACACACACUAAAACAUGGCUUCUUUCUUCUGUUCAACUAAGUUCUUUCUACUCCUCUUUUUCUUAUCAGCAAUUCCAAUCGCUUUUCUCAUCCAUCUAGAAACUUCCGCCCCGACAUCUCACGUUUUCCAUUACCACAGCACCGGCUGGUUACGUGAGUGUUCCAAAUGGGACGAUGUCAACCGCCGGUUCAUCGUCAGUUUCUUCGAAGGCGGUUUAGGUGUGAUCCCGGUCGACGCUGAUCAGUCCCCGGGCGACGUGUUACAGGAAGUACCGGUCGUUAAAGAUGCUGAUUUGACCGGUAAUGCAUCGCUCGGUUUUAGCAUUGAUCGGGAGAGGAACCGGGUUUUGGUAGCUGUUGCUGAUGUGUUGGGGAAUCGGUAUAGCGCUUUAGCUGCCUAUGAUUUGACUUCGUGGAACCGGGUUUUUCUCACCAAACUCAGUGGUCCAGAGGAUGAGAAGGCAUUUGCAGAUGAUGUGGUGGUCGAUACAGAGGGGAAUGCUUACGUAACUGAUGCCAAAGCAAACAAGAUAUGGAAGGUGGGCGCAAAUGGAGAACUUAAAUAUACAAUCAAGAACCCACUAUUUACUCCUAAAGAGUGGUACAAUAAACUGGUUGGUCUAAAUGGAAUAGUUUAUCAUCCAAAUGGAUACCUACUGGUGGUUCAUACAUUCUCCGGCAAUUUGUACAAGAUUGAAAUUGCAAAGGGGGAUGAAGUAAAGCUAGUGAAGAUUAAUAAUGGAUCUUUGAAAUUUGGCGAUGGCAUGGAGUUGCUGUCUCCGACCAAGCUAGUGGUGGCUGGAAAUCCUACAAGACUAGUUGAGAGCUCUGAUGAUUGGGAGAGUGGCAAUAUUGUAGGGAAGGCCAAAGGGGCUAUUCACCGGUUAAGUACAGCAGCAACUGUGAAGGAAGGAACUGUUUAUCUUAACCAUAUGAUUGGUUUGGGAUAUCCUAGGAAAAAACAUGUUCUUGUUGAGGCUGUUUUUUCUGCUUAAUUGUUCCAUCCAUCCCUUUAAAUUUGUGUAAGACUACUGAUUUAUGUUCCUCCGCAAGAACUGCCAGUCGUAUGAUAGGAUACACAGUACUUAUUUGUUAUGCAUCACGUUGUUGCAGUAUUUGGAUGUUAUUUGCUCUUUUACUAGCAAGGAAUGCGAAGGCAUAAUGGAAUCGCUUUAGCUUUAA